ACUGUAUGUUUACGUCGACCGCUUGUACGCGCCUCUUUUCAGAUAAGACAGACAUAUCCACGAUGGCCGAUGCAGAGUACAAGGAAGCCUUCGCGCUCUUCGACAAGAAGGGCAGCGGUACUGUCGCACGCGAGUCGCUCGGCGACUUGCUCCGCGCCCUCGGACAGAACCCAACGCAGGCGGAGGUUGGUGAACUCGCGGCGCAGUCGCCAAAAGAGAUCGACUUCAACACCUUCCUCAAUAUCCUGCACCGGCCGAACGGCUUCAAGCCUGCAGGCACCCCGGAGGAGUUCAUCCGCGGCUUCCAGGUAUUCGACAAGGAAGGAAAUGGGUACAUUGGUGCGGGCGAGUUGCGAUACGUGCUCACCAGCUUGGGCGAGAAGCUGAGCGAUGAGGAAGUGGACGAGCUGCUCAAGGGCGUGCAGGUCGGCCCUGACGGAAAUAUCAACUACGAGCAGUUCGUACGCCAGAUACUGAGCCAAUAGACACCUGGCGUGGCAUCAGAUGGCGGGGGGUGCUCGCUUCCCUCUGCCCGCACACAGGCUGCCUGUUAUCGUCAGACCCGUUGACUCGUCCAGGGAGGAUCUCCAGACGGAUCGAUCGACCCGUGUCCGGCUGGCUGGGCUGGAAUUCGCGUUCGGGCCCCAGUUCGAAUGUGAAAUGUAGUAGUAUAUCGUAAUGACGCGCCUCCCUUGCACUGGUCUGUUCUGUUCCGUUCGGACCCCGGUGCUCUCUGGAUGCCUUAACAGCCUCGAGUCAACUUUUCUCCGUCCGUUCCAGUCUCUCUCGGACACAUGACGAGCACGAGCCAGAGGUAGUCGGCACAGCCUAGAGUCC